AAUUCUACUGCAUUGUGAUUCCUUUUCAUCACAACCACCAUACCAUCCUUCAUAUACUUCGUUCUAUUCUAUUCCCACAUCCACUAGCAGCCCGUUUCCAUUUUCCGCUCGCAAGUUUUCUCUUCCCUCCCGGGCAAUGUACAGCAUCGCCCGCUCGGGGCGUUUCGCCUCUAGAGCUGUCCGACUAAUCCCCUCCACCUUCACCCUUGCUCCCUCUGCCUCUUUCAUCCCUCGACAUCUUCCUGCAAGAGUCAUUGCAUCAAGCUACUCUUCUUCGACUCCUCGAUUUUCACAAUAUGGACAAUAUGCCCAGACUGAAUAUACCUCAGUCUCCAAUGCAGAUGCGGGAGACUUUGGCGCCGAAGACAUCUCCAACGUCAAACGCGAAUUUUCACAAUUUGCAGAGUUGGGUCAGGCCGGGAUCAUCGACAAGAGAGUCAUCAAUACCAUAGUCAACAGCAUGGGAAUCCAUACCAUGACCGAAGUUCAACGCAUGACCAUCAACGAGUGCUUGGACGGCACAGAUGUCAUCGCCCAGGCUCGGACUGGUACCGGUAAGACGUUGGCUUUCCUUAUGCCCAUUGUCCAACGCGUAUUGAAAGAUAGCAAUAUCGAUUCCAACUCUCGCCGUGCCGAUAUUGGCGACACAAGAGCUCUUAUCAUCUCCCCAACAAGAGAAUUGGCUGAGCAGAUUGCCGUCGAAGCCAAGAAGAUCGUUCAAGGAACCAACGUCGUCGUCCAGACCGCCGUUGGCGGCACUCAAAAAGCCUUCCAUCUUCGAUUGAUGCAGCAGCAAGGCUGUCACAUUCUUGUGGGCACUCCCGGUCGAGUCAAGGAUCUAGUCUCAGACCCUUACAGCGGCGUUCGCCUCGACAACAUCCAAACCUUUGUUCUCGACGAGGCCGAUCGACUUCUUGAUAUUGGCUUCGGGCCCGAAAUCGACGAGAUCCAGAGGUACAUGCCCUCGCGUCGAGAAAGGGAUCGUCAAACCCUGAUGUUCUCGGCAACCAUCCCCCGUUCUGUCGUGGGCGUAGUCAAGUCAACCAUGAAGCCUGAUUUCAAGUUUGUUCGAACCGUCGAUCCUGAAGAAGCUGCAACACAUGAAUCUAUCCCCCAAGUAGCCUUGAUUAUUCCAGGCCUACAAAAUCAAAUCCCUACCAUUGUCGAGGUUGCUCAAAAUGCAAUUGAAGAGCACAAGCGUGAUCCAACAACCAACAUGCCGUUCAAGGCCAUCCUUUUUUACAACUCAGUGAACGAAGCCCAUCUCGCUCAUGAAGUCUUGUCAAACCUGCGCGACCCCGCCGACCAGGGUGGCAUGUUUGCUCCUCAUCCUUUGGCGCCCUGCCGAAUCUUCGUCAUGUCCAGCCAGCUCGAUCAAUCGCAACGCACUCGUAUGUCUGACGGUUUCCGAAAUUCUGAAAGUGGAAUUUUGAUCUCCACUGAUGUCAGUGCCCGUGGAAUGGACUUCCCCAACGUCUCACAUGUCAUCCAAGUCGGCCUUCCACGUUCCACCGAAGACUACGUUCAUCGUCUGGGACGGACAGGUCGUGCUGGCAAGAGUGGCAAAGGAUACAUAAUUGUCACUGCCGACGAACGUUACGAAUUGGCCCGACUCAAGAAACAGAUCCACACUAGCAACUUUAGCGAAGAGAGCCUUCCCACCAGUUCCCUGGAUAUGACUCAACCAUCACACCUUGCUCCAGAGACUGCUCGCAUCAUGCAGAUGGUCAAGGUUGGUGUAUCCCGGGCAUCAAACCAAUUGAAGAGCAAAGCAUACCAAACCAUGCUUUCCUCCGCGUCGCAGUCUCCCGUCGGUCGUACAAAACAACAAGUUGUCGAUAUGGUCAAUGCCAAUGCAACAUACGGUUGGGGAAUGGCACGCCCGCCAACUGUGAGCCCAAGGUUCUUCCACAAAGGAGGCUUCGACGGGACGGUCGGUAUCACCGUGGAACAUGAGGAUAGACCGCAACGUGAACAAUCACCAAGGUGGCGCCACCAAUCAGAAGACCUUAGGAACGCAAGCCCGAACGAUUUUACUAGCGGCGGAGCUUACGGCCGGACCAGAGGCUACAGAGAUAGCCGGGGUGUCCGUGGUGCCUUUGGUGGCAGUCGAGGAUCAGACUCGGAUGGUUUCUCGAGAGGUUUCUCUCGUGAAAGGAGCUUUUAAGCCGCUCCUUGCUCGUUCAAUAUCGGACGACAAUGGCGACACCAGUCGUGGGAUUUUCUAGACGGUGACCAAGACCACGGCACUUGGAUUUUACGACGCACCUGCUUUCGAAUACAAAAUCGCCGACACACAAUGAACGGCUUAAAGAAGGAUACACGCGACUCAUCCUCAAGACAUUCACAUUGUCAUAUUUACAAACCACUUGAUGGCGCAGCGCAGCAACAUCAAGGGCACUCACUCACCGGCAUGUCCCCACUUACGCCAUAUUCCCCAUAUCUUGCUCCCCACCCAACACCAACCGUCCGCUCGAAGUACUUCAUCCCGACCUUGCAAGCCGUGCGACAAACACGGAAAUCGCAAUCAAGCAGACUCCAAUCCAGCACGUCAAGCCACAUCGAGGACAACGACCACGACCACAGUUGGUGUUUCACCUGUAAAUAUAGAAGGAUAUUUUUGGGUUCGUGCAUGAAUUUUGCUCCAGGAGUCCUACUUGGUGUUAUGUGGAAAUCGGGCGAUAUUCAUUCUCUUUUCCGUUCUUGUCUUGUCCUGUCUACAUACACUACCUCCAUUACACCACACAACAACAUCCCUACAACACGCCUUGUCUCGAUAUGCGAACCACGACCACCCCAUUCUUCGCCAUCUGUGCAUAUGACGCCUUCUGGAAGUGAGGGUUUGGCUGUGCAUAUGAGGGAAUGUCGAUUAAUAACAGAAUCAUUUCGGCGAUGGAGGGGGGACAUGGCGCGAAUUGUCUUUUGUACAGGAAAGGAAAAACUUGAAUCUCCCAAUACCAAUGACAUAUUUAAACUAAAUUUGUUCUCGUUCUUG